GCGUGGGGGCGGAGCGGACCAUGCCAAGUGACGCGCGUUCGGUCCAGCUCAUGGGGGACAUUUUCUUUUACGCGGUUAACAUGCAAUACAUAUACACAUAACGCCGCGCAUAUUUAUUCGCAGUGUCAUGUCCUCUUCGCUCCCCCCCUUCUCCCCGCAACACGAUGCGUGCAGUUCAUACUACAGACUCCGUAGAUAAUAAUGUUAUAGUGUUUAGAGAGCAUCAUUGUUGCACGGGCAGGGGGGAUGGUGAGGGGGGGGGGUAGCGGCCCAGCCCCCAGCCCGUCAACGUGCUACCUCCGCCGGCCUCCGCAAUGUAGGCCAGGACGGAGGCUCCGCACGGGAUUAGGCCUCACAUCGGCAAUGGUUAUGAUGAACUGGCCAGGUGCCGCCGAGUCUCCAACAGGCGUGAGACCGAUGCCGCGGGUUCUGAUUGGCUCAUCGCAGUUACUCCCAUCAGCUGGAUUGAUGGCCUGGAGUGUGGAAAUAUUAACUAUUUUUUUAUUUUUAUUUUACCAGGAUAUCAUCAGCUGUUUGCCAUGGCUUCAAAUGCUGGUCCCUCGUGGAAAGUUAUAAAAAAGCACCGAGUGUAUCUGGAAGAACAUCUGUAUCCAUUUGCGCCGGACGUGCUCUGCCGUUCGGAUCAAGAUGACAUCAUUCGGCGCAGGGAGUACGCACAGCUCCGAAGUGACACGGACCCCGUUGGACAGAUCAGACGCCUCAUCGACCUGGUGCUCGACAAGGGGGAGGACACCUGCAGCCAGUUCCUGCGGGAGGUGCUUCUGCCACUGAGUUCCAGGAUACCCCGAAUGAGCGAGUGGGUCUCACGCCACCAGGAGGAUCUGCGUGGACUGGGCCUGACACUCGGCAGAGACGGGGACUUUGGCGUCCCCAGAGCGGCUCUUGGUAAACAUCUCGAAAGAUACAAAACUUACAUGAAGAGAGAAACCUCAUUUUUACAAGACUACCUGCCCGGAGAAACGAUAUUCAUACCAGAGAGGUUUGUGCAGCCUGUGCUGGUGUGUUACCACCGUAGGGGUGAGAGUAAGAGGCACGAAUUCCUUGACAGGGCCUGUGAGCAUGAGACGAUGAUGCAGGAAGUGAUUAGCAAUGGCAUGACCUUUCUGCAACUCUUUGACCCAAUGGAAUCCAAUGGAGAGCCGCCUCGACUGGUUGCUGUUGUUGGGGUUCCCGGCAUUGGUAAAUCCACUCUCAGCAAACUGCUUGUGUACAGGUUGGUGACAGAUGGCAACAUAUUCGAUCGGCGAUUCAAAGUUGUUGUCUACAUUCCAUUCAGAGAGAUGAGUGAUAUUGGCGAGGUGUCACUCGCAGAGUUACUGCGCACACUGAAUCCAAGUUUGGGAGAGAUGGCUGAUUAUGUAUUUGAAAAACCAGAGGAAGUCUUGUUUGUGAUGGACGGUUUGGAUGAAUUUGGGAGGCAUCUUGAUUUCUCAAAAGCUUGUAAUGAUCCCCGCGAGAGAACAAAUUUGGAAGCGCUCAUUGCUGGUUUGGUAACUGGAAAGCUCCUCGCAGGAUCUUCUGUUUUGAUAACGACCAGGCCGAUAGCGAUGGAGAAGUUGGAUGAAGUGAGAGUUGACCGCUCUGUGGAAAUAACUGGGUUUUCUGUGGAAGAGAGAAAAUCGUUCUUUUGCAAAUUCUACAAGGAUCCCAUCCUGGGAGAGAGAGCGUACCAGCUUCUGGAGAAAAAUGCAACGCUGAGUGAUUUGUGCUACAAUCCCUCGUUCUGUCACAUGUCCGCCAUUACAAUUGAGGAUCUAAUAAAACGCCCGGGCACUUCUGAAUUUGCCCUGAGGUCUACGACAGAUCUAUUUACGCGUUACCUGUUCGUGCUCGUCAAACACCACACGGGUGAUUCAACGGAGACCAGCAAAAUUAUUGCAUCGCUUUCUAAGAUGGCUCUCGAAGGGGUUCAUGAAAACAUGCAGAUAUUCACGCGCGCGUAUCUUCAAAAGUUUGAGGUCACCAUUGCUGAAGGAUCGAGCACAUUCAUCAAUAAGGUUUUUAGAUGGGAUGGCGUCAGGCGUGACACAUUAUAUUCAUUUUCCCACCUGACAAUCCAAGAAUAUCUUGCCGCCCUGGCAGUUUAUUUGGAACAACCCAAACGUGGAUUCCUUGCGCGAGUCUCCGAGCUAAUAUGGCCGUCCAAGCACUCAGUUGCCCGUGUCAUCGAGGCUAUUGAGGACGACAAGGACGGGCGCUAUGACGUGUUUCAGAGGUUCCUUUGCGGACUGGCCACAGAUGCUCCAUGGAAGAUCCUCGAUGGCAUUGUCGACCCUCCGUCUGUUGAGUCCCAGACGGCAAUCAACGAGUGGCUCACGCUCCACAACAGGGCGACGCGUAACCAGAACGGCCACCGCCUCCUCAGUCUGCUCCAUCGGCUGCACGAGCUGCAGGACCCGGGGGCACUGAGCGAGGCCACCAGCUCCAUGGCCGCGCUGGACCUCUCCUACACGAGGCUGUCCUCGCUCGACUGCGCCGCGCUCUGCUGGAUGCUGCAGUUCCGGGACGAGCCCGUGCAUCGCCUCAACCUGCAAAGCUGUGGCAUCGGCACCGAGGAUAUGAAGAGGCUCCAGCCUGCGCUGCACAGAAUUAAAGUGUUGCGGCUGAGUGGCAACAGCCUGACAGAGGGAAUACAACUGCUGGCAGACGGUAUGGUGGGGAGAGAAGGAAACUUGGAGACAUUAGAGCUGGAUUGCUGCUCACUGACCGACAAGUCAAGUUCUUCCCUCAGAAACAUCCUUGAGGCCAACGCAAAGUUGAAAAAACUCCGGCUGAGUGGCAACAACCUUACAGACAUCAUCCAACUUCUGAUGGAUGGGAUGGUGGGGAGAGAAGGGCGUUUGGAGAUGUUAUACCUGGAUCGCUGCUCACUGACGGAUAAAUCAAUCGCGGGUCUCCAUGACAUCAUCAGCAUCAACAGAGCAUUGUGGUGGCUCGGGGUGCGGGGCAAUGGCUUCAGUGAAGAGGGGAAGAUGGAACUGAAGGGCAAAUGGGCUCACAGAGGAGACUUGAGGAUUGCCUUUGAUUAUCUCUGAGAGAGACGAUGUGUUAUGCGAUGCAGAGUCUACAUAAGCAUAAUUGGUGAGGCUGCGCCACCCCGAGGCCUUGCCGAUGCGGCAAGUGUCAGCCCAAGGUAGCUACCCGCUUUUGCCAGGACCUCGGGCCACCAUCAUCAUUCAGUUUCCGCGAGCAAGUCCUGCCGGUGUGCGUCGCAUGGCCCCUCUGCCACGCCGCCGGGCCUGGCGCUCGGACUUGAUGAGGCCGCCCCGGCAGGUCUCCAUCUCCUCCUCUGUGUCCUCAUCCCCUGUAUGGGAGGACAGUCCUUUCACUUGAGCGCGCAGGGGCCGCUAGCCCUGUGCCCUGGAAGCCAACUGGCAGCGGUUCGCCCCACACACGCACGGGGAGGCCUCCCUUGAGCUGACUCUCGGCACCAAAAAUCAUAGAGCGAUGCGUGGGGGAGGGGGGGGCGGAGGGGCGACCCUGAGCCGCACUCGGCCAGAGUGCAGCCCUCUUGGGUCCUCUUCCCCUCCCUCUCCGAGUGCACCGGCAUACACCGGAGGUUCAUCAUCGCGCACCUCGGUUGGGAAACCACUUUGCACCUCGCGACCUCACACGGGUUAAUAUUCCACCCCGCUUCGUAGAGUAGGAAGUGCCCGUGCGGUCAUCGGUUCAUGGUGAGUGUGUCUCUAUAUAGGUGGAUUGCUCUAAACGUAUGUGUGCAUCUGUGCGGGCAUGAUGCUGGCCGCUCAUUCCCUCGUGUGCCGUGCCGACCUUCAUGGGUGCUCGCAAACAGCACUUGCCCCAACAGUCUGUCAAGGCGAAAUGGGGGAUCUUUGUAUUUUUUUUAUGUAUCUGUAUAUAACAAGCAACGUGCUUAGUUUCCUGCCGGUAAGCCUUUAACACUUCACGUGGCCUCACGGUGCACCUAGCCUGGCACAAGCGUCAAGGUACCGUCACCGCCACUUAGUAGUGAACGGCAGCUGUGGUUGGGGUAUAUAUAUAUACCAUUAUCGACUUGUGGGCAUGUAUAUAUGUGUGUAGCUCUACAGCCCCCCCCCCCCCUUGCCAAAGCUUUGCUCCAGGAUUUUCGGUGCAGAGACAGCUUGGGAGUGGUGUGAGAAAAACCUAAAGGAGGCCCCUCCCGCCACACACAUACUGCGAAUCAGCGCUUUUUUUUAUUUUUCUCGACCUCUGGUGGUGCAUGGCGGAGUAAUAUCGGCCCGUGCCUGAUCUCGACUGACAGAGGGCGAACCGCUUCGUUUACAAUUCAAAUUGCCUGGCGGUGGUUCCUCUGCAUGCGGCGUGAGCACGGCCUAAUAUCUGAACUCAUCGUCGAUGAAAUCACCGAUUCUGGUAUUCAGGCCUUUAAAUGCAUAACACAUGGUACAUGUACUCACUUCACCACAUGCAUUGUAAGGACUGAGUCGUUGAGCUGAAGUAAACCAAUUAUUAUGCCGAUUAGAUGUGCUCAUGUCUGAUAUAGCUAUUUUUCACAAUUGCACCCAAAAAUAUCCCUGCCACCCGUGGACACGUGACCUUCCGACAGCUCAGGGAGAUGAUUUCUCAGGGCGAAGACCCCCUGUGCACGCCUCGCAGGCGGCAGGGAAGGUUUUCUAAAUGGAGGGCCUCCCCUUCAGUCCCGAGGCCCUCUCAUAGAGUUAGCUACUUGCCUACCAACAGCAGUCUCUUGCACACGAACAACGCAUCAGAUGGCUCCGCACCUGCAGGCAGUGAUUCUCUGCUCCAGCUCUUGCUCUCAAUCAUCGCCUUUCUCACCUCUUCUCCCUCCCACAUCCUUCGUAUUUCAGUUCCCUCUUUUUCCCUUCUGUAUUUAUUCUUUAUGGCCCAUUAUUUUUGCUACAGCAGCCUAGCCAGCAUCCCGACUCGCUGGAGCCGCCCCAAACUUUGGGCUGCUCCCCCCCGCUUAGUGGCAUACACUCGUCUGCUUUGCCACCGUCUGCCUUCCUGUCUGGCUCCGGGCUCCUCCGUGGCUCUUCGCCUGACCUAUCGGAUUGCUUUCGCGGUUGCCCUGGUGGACUCCCCACCUUGGUGCUGAGCCGGAAACCACCUUUGCCACCACUUCGUGCACUGCUGGGGUCCUGCUGUCAGCUCCUCACUUGCGCUGCCAUACUAGGCGGCCGUGAGACCAUGGGGCUGCCUGUUGUACCGCCCGGGGGGGGGGUUCCCGCACCGUCGUGGUGGCAAUGCCACACGUUGACGGAGAGAGAGUGGCUGAGUGUCGACGGCGGGAGCGGCUACACAAGAUGGCGAGAGCGGUUGCGCAUCGACGGCAAGAACUGCUGUACGUUGAUUGAGAGAGAGUGGCUGCAUGUUGACGGAGAGAGAGCGGCUGCACGUCGACAAAGAGAGAGCAGCUUAACAUCAAUGGAGAGAGUGAGAGCCGGGGCUGUACAUCAACAGAGAGAGAGUGGCUGUACAUCAAUGAAGAGACGGCGUGAGCUGCACGUCAAUGGGGAGAGAGGCUGAAAUUUUCCCGUGGUCACACGCCAACCAAGCAGCAUGGCCGAGGAACGCCAUGUGUAGAGGGGCACAGGCCAGCACAUGGAGCGUACCGCAGGAGAUGGCAUGGAGGAGAGUGGGAAAAACCCAGCAAGAGCUUCCGUCGGAGCAGGAGCAAGGGGCUACGGAUGGGGGACUGGGCACAUGGUGGGCACCAAUUUGUCUCCGGAGGACCUCCCGUGGCCAGCGGGCACCAUUUUAAGGCAAGCAGGGGAACCCACGGAGGAGGUGCAAAGAGUGACGGAGCUGCAAGAAGCUGCUCCUGAGAUGGCAUGAGAGGCUCGUAACAAGAUUCCUACAGAGGGUGUGGAUGGAGGACGGGACGCCCUACGCCUUCCAGGCAGCACUGCUGGUGCUGGGAUGGGAGGCAUACCCACUUCUGGGUGAGGGGGCACUCGACCUUUGCGUGGCAGAAAGGCUGCCUGGAGCUGACAAGAAAGCUGAGAGUUGCCCUGCCCUCUGCCGUUGGCACAGAGAUUUCAUCCUUAACGGUGGCCCGGAAGAUACAGGUCUUUGAGGAAAAGCAGCAGCAGGCAAAGUGGGAGGACACGGCAUGGAGCAUGGAAAAUAUGAUGGCGGCAGUGGAGGGCCGGGGGAUGCAGGCAAGAGGAUCCCCGUGGGAGGACCCGCGGUGGGGGCAGCUCCCUCUGUCCUGGGGACCCACGCACAAAUGCUUCAUAUGUGGCCGAUUGAGCCACAUCGCUGCGGAGUGUCCAGGUGACGAGUGACCACCUGCGCCCUCUGGCCUGCAGGCAAAGUGAACCCAAGCCCCGCCGGACCUGGGUCCCUGAGGCCUACCGAGACCACCAAGUGUGAGGUGUCGGGGACUGGAUCUGAGCGGGUGCUGCUGAGUGGUGAGAAGCCACGCCCUUUGAGCCGAGCUCUCUGUGUCCAUCAUCUAUUGUCCCUCAGGGUUCCGGAGGUGCAAGACCCCGCUAAGACGCGGGUGACCUGUGCCAUGGACCGGAUCACGCGAGCUAUGUCCCUGUAUGGGGGGGACUCUCCCUUGCCUUGGGAAGGAACUCAAGGAAGUGUUGGGGUUAACGGCCUGGGUUAAGGGGUAAUGAGGAAGUGUGUCGAUUGUGAGUGAGCGCCGUGUUGUGUAAAGUGCUGCGAUUGCGAGGGGGUGCCGUGUUUGGUGUAAGGUGUUGCCGAUUCAUGGAUGGGGGGCUGUGUAAGGUGUUGUCUAUUCGCGGAUGGGGGCGCCGUGCUGUGGGGAAAGUUGCCAAUUCGCGAAAUUGGGAGUGUUGCGUUGGGUUGUGUUAGUUUGGUUAUCAGGGGACACCGGGGGGUAGCGAGGUGUGUUGAUUCACAGGGGGUUCCGCGGUUGUAACGGGAUUGUGUUGAAUUUUUUUCUUUUCGUUGAUGUUAAGGGUUUUCUUCAAGAUUUGGGGGUUGCUCUGCCUGCCCACCAGUUUCUGCUGCUGUAUUGAUACCAGGGAUAGCUGUUUUUUUUUAACGGAGGGGGGAGGGGAUGAUGUAGUGACACAACGUUGACUGUUGGACAGCAGCUGCAACUGCAGUUGGACACUUAGCACACACGCCGUUGAGCAUAUACAUGGGUGUGCCGGCAGGGCAGAGGAACUGGGGCGAGGGUCACGGUAGACCUCGUGGGGAGGCCCCUGGAACCCUCUGGUGGGUUCGAGAAGGGAAGCGCGGCUAGGGUGGAGUCAAGCUGCGCGGAGGGGAAUAUAAGCAUCGGAGAGCGAGAGCUCUGGGCUGCCGGUUCUGGGAGCGGACUCAUCUCGUCACUGCCGUUGUCGCCACCUUCGUCGCUGCCGCCUUCACCCGGUCAUUGCGAGGCCGAAUAUUAGUUGGCUAUCUCGCUGCAACGUGGACAGGGUCGUGUCUGGGUUGGCCUGUAUGGCAGCAUAUUCGUGAGAGAGGGGGCCGGAGUUGGUGGCGUGAACAUAAUAAAGGAAAGACGGUGCUUUCUGCGACUACCUGAUCUCCGACUGCAAGCCACCCACACACACAUGCCUCGAGAAGCGAGAGAGAGGGAAAAGAGACCUACGACAUAACACAAAGAAAAGAUACAAACUUUGAUUCUACCUAGGGGAGGCCCAGGACCAAUUAUUAUAAUAAAUGCGUGCCCUUUUUUCAAUACAUUGAUGCAUAAUGGUCUCCCCAUACUGGGAUGGUCGUCGUUUGACCAUACUUCACUACUCUGGUCAGUGUAUUUGACGUUUGUAUGUAUGUUGAACUUAUUUUGUAUGUAGCCAACCAUGCUAAUCAGGCAUGCGCACUUCUGACAAUGAUGCAUGUAUGACUGAUGUUAGCCAUGGCUAGGAAUUAAACUCAGAUAAUUGGAUGCAUAGCACUCUGCACUCACGACUGCUCAACCAUUCCUACCUGAGGCAGACCUACUGAGAAUAAAGUGUAUUUGUUUUUAACUUAUUUUGCGCCAUAUGUAUCAAACUUUGCGAAUAAGAGGUGCAGGGGAAGGGCAACACACUAAACACAAAAAUAAAUGUUUAAUACAUGAGUUUGUUAAGGUAGAUGAUGGUUUAAAAGUGCACAGCUCCAGUGGCUUACCAAUUUCGGAAGGAAGAGCAUUCUAGGCGGCCACAGAAGCGCAUCUGAAAGUACUGCCCGAUGCCUUAAUCCGAUGUGCAUUACAAAGAGUAUAAAAGAGCAAA